AUGGAAAUGAACGGAGAACAACAACAAAAAGCAAAAGCAUAUUUUACAUUAGGACGUGCCUAUCAAUCAAAGAAUCAAUUUGAAAGCGCAAUUGAAUACUUUAAAAAAGCCUGGGAAAUUUCAAAAGAACUUGGAGAUAAAGAAGAAGAAACAAAGGUACUAUUUGAGUUGCAUGAUGUCGUUUGUGUAUCGAACAACCAGUUUGAAACAGCAAUUGAAUAUUGUAAGAAUGCUUUAGACAUUGCAAAGGAGCAAGGGAAUAAAGAAAUGGAAACAAUGGCAUCAUUUGGGAUAGCACAUACUUAUCAAUUGAAAAAUCAGUUUAAAAUGGCAAUUGAAUAUUUUGAGAAAGCCAGAGAAAUUUCAAAAGAACUUGGGAAUAAAGAAACAGAAAUAAUGAUACUAUUUGAGUUAGUAGCUGCUUGUAUAAAGAACGAGCAGAUUCCAACAGUAAUUAAAUAUUCUGAGGAAGCUUUAGAUAUUGCAAAGGAGCAAAACUGUAAAGAACAUGAAACAAGGGCAUUAGUUGAAAUAGGAUUUGCUUAUAAAUUGCAAAAUCAGUUUCAAAUGGCAAUUGAAUAUUUUGAGAAAGCCUUGAAAAUUGCAAAGAAACAAAAGUACAAAAAACUGGAAGCAAAGGCAUUACGUGGGUUAGGAGAUGUUCAUCAUUUGGAAUGUGAGUUUCAAACGGCAAUUGAAUAUUUUAGAAAAUCUUUGAAAAUUGCAAAGGAGCAAGAGGAUAAGGAUUUAGAAAUGAAGGUACUAUGUGAGUUAGCGACAUCUUGUAUUCGAAGCAACCAGGUUCAAACAGCAUUUGAAUAUAGCAAGGAAGCUUUAAAAAUUGCAAAGGACCAUAACGAAAAAGAACAGGAAACAAGGGCAUUGGUAGGGAUAGGAUUCGUUUGUCUAAUGGACAAUCAAUUUCAAACGGCAAUUGAAUAUUUGGAGAAAGGUUUGAAAUUGGCAGAGGAGCAAGGGUAUAAAGAGCUGGAAAUAAACGCAUUAGAUGGGUUAGGAGAUGCUUAUAAAUCCAAAAACGAGUUUCAAACGGCAAUUGAGUAUAUGGAGAAAGUUUUAAAAGUUGAAAAGGAGCAAGAGUGUAAAGAACGUGAAACAAAUGUAUAUUAUUUAAGUUAGGAGAAACUUGUCAAAUGAACCAUGAGUUUGAAAAGGCUAUUCAAUACUAUCAGAAAGGCUUACAAAUUGCACAAAAACAAGGACUUAGAGUUGAAGAAAGUAAAGCAAGAGAGGAAAUUAGAGUAUUGUCACUAAUGAUUGGUAAGCAUAUAGUAAGAUUGUUCGCUUCUUUCAAAACAUACACUUUUUAAAAAUGAAAGAUUUUCUGAUUUGGACUUGAAUUUCUAGACAAUAAUUAUUGUUAAAAAACAAACAGUGUCCGACUUGAAUAAAACAACUAAGGAGUUCGCAGUUUUUAAAAAUUUACUCUUAACAGCCGUUCUUAUAUCAACAAUAGCAUUUCAAUGUGACAGAUAUUUUUGUUUUAACGUAAUUUAACACGAAAAUAAGGUCGGUCACUCUCUUUUUUAUUUUAUAGAAUAAUUAUUUUAACAUUUUGAAUUAUUUUCGUGAUUUAAAAAAAAUUCUUUCAUGCCAAAAUUUUUCAAAUACGGAAAACGUAAUAAUUUGUAACAAUGACUAUUUUGCAGAAUAGAAACUUUUAAAAACCAUAACAAUGAUUCAAAAUCACAAACGAACUCUUUUUAUGUUAAUUUUUUCUAAUCGGACUUUCUUUGUCUUUUAACAUAUAGCAAUUGUUGACCGUAGGGAGCCACCUUAAGCUAUUUUUUCCCAAGAUAUUUAAGUGACUUUUUGGGUAUUUUUCUGGUUAUUCUGGUGUUGAUUCUUUUUCCAAAAGCAGUCGUGUUUUGAUGAAUGCCUAAGGCGUUUAGUAGAUCAUAUGUGGUAAAUAUGUUUUAUUCCUGGGUGACUGUGUUUUUAAAUUUUAGAUUUAGAUACACAUGAGGAUAGCAACAAAAUUAUCCACACAUCUAGCACAUCAGCCCAAAAGGAAG